UGUUGCUUUUGAUUUGAUUUUCUGGAGUUUUAUUUUAUUGUAUGUUUGUGUGAAUUUUGUUAUGGAAGUGUAAACAAUUAUGAAAUGAAUAUGGAAACAGAUCAAAUUGAUUCUCAAUUUAUAGCGGAAAAUAUCGGUUUCCUAGAUAACUGUUUUGAUAAUUCAUUCAUACUGCAAAGUUCUUUGCAAGUUGUUAAAGAACAAGCUGCAGAAAGCAAUUAUUACCAAGAAUCAAAAGGAAAUGAAAGACAAUGUAAGAAACUUAACAAUUAUUCGCAAAAUAGUACAGUAACUUUGGAGUCUACGCAAAAUAAUUCACAAACAUCGCGGAUUGUCAGCAACAGAAAUAAAAAGUUAAGAGACUGGGGUCUGCCUUUAGAAAUAGCAAAGAAAUAUGAAGCACGAGGUAUUACAGAAAUGUUUGAGUGGCAGGUCAACUGUUUGGCGAACUCGAAGGUACUGUUUGACUGCUGCAACUUGGUAUACUCAGCCCCCACCUCUGCUGGCAAGACACUUGUGGCAGAAAUAUUAACUAUAAAAACUAUAUUAGAACGCCAGAAAAAGGUAAUUAUUAUACUGCCAUUUGUAUCUAUAGUUAGGGAAAAGAUGUUUUAUCUCCAAGAUAUAUUGUCCAGCUCAGGAAUUAGAGUGGAGGGAUUUAUGGGGUCCCAGUCACCUCCUGGAGGCUUGCAGGCUGUUCAUGUUGCUGUGUGCACCAUUGAGAAAGCAAAUAGUUUGGUGAACAAGUUGUUAGAUGAUGGUUCCAUAGCAGAACUAGGUGCCAUCAUUGUUGAUGAAUUACAUUUAUUGGGUGACCCCAGUCGAGGAUACAUAUUGGAACUACUCCUGACAAAAAUUAAAUAUGUAUCAUUUAAUUCUGAUGAUGUGAAAGUACAAAUAGUGGGUAUGUCAGCCACAUUACCUAAUUUAAAAUGUUUAGCAAACUGGCUGAAUGCUGAGUUAUUCAUCACACAUUUUAGACCAAUCCCUUUAGAUGAGUACUGCUUGGUGGGAGACAAAUAUUACGAUAAAAAGGGAACCUGUGUUAAUACAGUAGACAUGAGCUUAACAACUGAAGGAGAUAAUGUUCUUAAAAUUUGUUUAGAAACUAUUAAAGAUGGAUGUUCUAUUCUAAUAUUUUGUAUGACAAAGAAUUGGUGUGAAAGUCUGGCACAGUCAGUGGCAACAUCAUUUUACAAACUGGGAUGUGAAAAUGGUGAGGCUGGCUCUAUAUUAAGAAGCCAGUUGAAAUCUAUGAGUAUAGUAGAAGUAUUAGAACAACUGAAGAAUUGUCCUGUAGGGUUGGACCAAGUUUUGAAGAAAACUAUAUCUUUUGGGGUUGCUUACCAUCAUGCUGGUCUAACAUUUGAUGAGAGAGACAUUGUUGAAGGUGGGUUUAAAUCAGGAGCAAUCAGAGUUUUGGUUGCCACGUCUACACUAAGCUCAGGAGUAAACUUGCCUGCAAGAAAAGUGAUCAUCCGGUCACCUGUGUUUCAAAGACAGCCAAUUAACAUUCUAACAUACAAACAAAUGAUUGGUAGAGCCGGUAGAAUGGGGAAAGACUUAAAAGGUGAAAGUAUUUUAAUAUGUACUGAAGCUGAAAGAAAAAUUGGCUUUGAUUUAAUGAUGGGGAACUUGGACCCAGUGACAAGUUGUAUUGAGAGUGAAGAUAAAUAUAUGAGGGCAGUGCUUGAAAUGAUUGCCAGCCAAGUAUUGACAACCAAGGAACAGUUGGACAUGUAUUCUAAAUGCACUUUGCUCUAUAAUCAGCAAGAGGCAACAGGUACCCAAGACUGUCUGCUGGAAAAUACUUUAGAUGAAUUACAAAAUUAUGAGUUAGUGAGGGUACAAACUGAUGGUGAGGAGGAACGUUUUGUUGCUACACCAUUAGGUAAAGCUUGUCUCUCAUCAUCAAUGGCUCCAAAUGAUGGGUUAUCAUUGUUUUGUGAGCUACAGAAAGCUCGCCAGUGCUUGGUCUUGGAGACUGAUUUGCAUCUAAUAUAUUUAGUGACUCCUUACAGCGUCAGUAGUCAGUGGGGUAAUAUAGACUGGAUACAUAUGCUGACUCUCUGGGAAUCUUUAACAAAAGCCAUGAAGAGAGUUGGGGAGUUAGUUGGUGUACAGGAGAGUUUUAUAAUAAGAUGUUUAAGAGGCGGUAACAAGGCUAACAACAUACAGAACAAAAUAAAUAUACAUAAAAGAUUUUAUACAGCCCUGGCUUUGCAAGACUUGGUAAAUGAAGUUCCAUUAGCAGAUGUAGCAGCAAAGUUCCAGUGUGCCCGUGGCUUCCUACAGAGUCUGCAACAGGGAGCUGCAACUUUUGCAGGCAUGGUAACAGCUUUUUGUCAUCAGUUGGGGUGGAAAAAUAUGGAAAUGUUAAUUUCACAAUUUCAAGACCGUUUACAUUUUGGAAUUCAUUCUGAACUUUUAGAGUUAAUGAAAUUGCCAUCUUUGAAUGGCAUGAGAGCUCGAACACUCUUUGAUUCAGGCUUUGAAUCGAUUGCUAGCAUAGCGUCAGCUGAUGCAAACACCAUAGAAAAUAUACUUCACAAGUCUGUACCUUUUCAAAGCGAAAAGGGGAGGGAAGAUGACGAUUGUGACGAUAUACGUAAACGAAAUAAAAUUAAAAGUAUUUGGAUAACAGGAUAUUGUGGUAUCACAACUAAAGAGGCUGCUGAAAAUCUUAUUGCAGAAGCUAGACGAUAUUUAUCUCUAGAAAUUGGCGUUACAGAAAUUAAAUGGGAUUCAAAAUCAUCAACGUCCAAUUUUGCUUGCAGUGAUAAUAAUGUAGAAAUGAACAAUAAAAUUGAUGAAAUUUCAAGUCCUUUAAAUAUACGAUCUAGCGCGAAAAUUAGAACUCAGUCUAUUGGCACACAAAACUCCAUCAAAAGUAAUAGGGCACAGUGUGAACAAACCCUUGAUAAGGAAAAUGUUCCACAAAACGUGAGUACUAAUACUAAACCAGAUUUAUCAAUGUGUGCUUUAAAUCGUAGUACCAAAGGAAACAAAACUUUAAGUUACAAAAAUAAAGAUGAAUUAUCAAAAACAAUAGUCAAUAUUUCAAAGGAAAUAAAUAAAACGGUUGAAAAUAUCAGUCCGUCUUUAUCAAACGAUAUAAUAUGGGACUCUUUGAACUUCACUGACGCUGGUUUGGACAAUAUAUCCAAGUUGCGCACAUCUGAUAAAAUGUUUUCACCAAAUAUUAGUUUUGGUGAAAUUGAAGAUAAACCUGAGCAAGAAAAUAUGAAUACCUCUGAUAUUUUGAAUUCAUCUAAACACGUGUCUGCGAAAGACAUCAGUUUGUUCUCGUCAGAAGGAGACAAUACGAGUUUGUUUGAGGAGAGUCUACCUUUGGACUUAAUUUCCAGUAACUUUCUCGAUAGGGGCUCUCCCAUGCCGCAGGACACCGCAUUACAUUACGAAAGCAUUAAUUCUAAUACCAUCUUAAACGCAUUUAAAACCACUUUAUUAGAGAAUGAACGUAAUGAUGAUGAUGAAAAUGAAGACAUAAAGCUAGUCUAUGAAGAUGAUAAAAUAAUAGAAAAACAAGAUGAAGAAAUUGAUAGUAAUCGUAUAGCAGUUAAUUGCCAUAAAGUCCAUCCUAAUCUUGUUGCUCAUAAACGUAGACAGUCGGCGAACAAAGAAAUACAACCUUUAGAAAAAAAGAAAAAAGUAAAUAUCUCGUUACAAGAUGAUAUGACUGUCUCCCCUAAAAAUAAAAUUAGUUUUGUCCCAAAAAUAAAAAGUACGUUGUCAAAACAUUUUCAGAUUGAUUUCAAUCAAUGCUCAAUGAACUGUUUUGUUUUAAGAGGAAACGAUAUCAUUGACAACUUACAUGUAAUACAAAAUAUACAAACAGCAUCGAUUUACUUACAUUUAAAACAAAAUAAUUUAGCUAGCAAUGAAAUAAUAGGAAGUAACAUACUUAGUUUCCCUAAGUCAGUACGAAAAGUCGAGGAUAAAAGUGAAUAUUGCCCCAUUAAAGGGAUAGCCUUGUAUCUUAAUCAAGGAAUAAGUAUAUUCUUAGAUUUAACAACGUUAAAUAAUAUGCAAAUGGUGAAGAAUAAAUUACGUAGCUGGUUUAAGAAGAAAAGUUUGAUAUUAAAAAUGUUGUGCUCAAAAACAGUGAACCUUUAUGUAAAGCGAUGGCUCGACGUUAACUUAUCAACGAAGUGCAACGAUAUAUCGUUAACAGAAUGGCUUAUCGAUAGCAGUGAAAAAACACCAGAUAUUGAAUAUCUAAUGAAAAAGUAUUGUGGAAUCGAUUUUACAAAUAUAUUGUUCAAAGUCGCUAAUCUACCGAAAAAGUAUAAGAAUUUAGAUACCAUUGAAAGUUUGUGCUUAAGAAGUUACUUAUUGUGGAUGAUUGCUGAAAAACAAGAAGAAACGUUAGGAGAGUCUCUUCAACCUGCACAAAAUGUAAUAGAAAUCGAAAAUCAGGUCUCUAAGAUUCUGGCCAACUGCGAAUAUUACGGAAUCACUGUAGACAAAGAUCUCGCGUCACGGCUUUUGAUUGAUGUAAGAAAUUCCCAAGAGAGUCUGGAAAAGAAGGCAUACAAACUUUGCGGAUAUCAUUUCAACUUUAACUCUUCGAAAGAUGUUGCUAAGGUUUUGGGUAUAUACAACGGCCGUAAAGUGAGCACUAAGAAAAGCGUAUUAACUUCGCACAACAGUCCCUUGUCAAGUACUGUUAUUUAUUGGAGGAAGCUUAAUUCUAUACUGACGAAAACAUUGUACCCUCUCACGGAGAAGGCGUGCAUUUACAGUGAAGGAGACAGAAUAAAUCCGUCGUACACAAUGUUCACUUGCACGGGCCGGAUCAGUAUGCAUGAGCCCAACCUGCAAAAUGUACCGCGAACAUUUUCAAUACCUUGCGAGUAUUUGACGGUGCACUCAGCCGUAAGUGAUGAGGUUGUGGAGUUCAACUGUAGAAACAUAUUCAAAUCCGCCCCUGGCUACGUCAUUGUGUCGGCGGACUAUUGUCAGUUGGAAAUGAGAAUUCUGACGCACUUCAGUCAAGACCAGGUGUUGAUGAAAAUUAUGAAUUCGGAUAUGGAUGUUUUUAAAGCUAUUGCGGCGUCCUGGAGCCACGUGUGUGAAGACGAGGUAGACGAUGAUCUCAGGCAAAAAGCCAAACAGCUUUGUUACGGAAUUAUUUAUGGAAUGGGUAACAAAACGUUGGGGCAACUGCUCGAUGUUACUGAAAUGGAGGCGGCAGUUUUCAUGGACUCCUUCUAUAAAACCUAUCCAGCCGUGAAGGCAUGCACUCAGUCCAUUAUCGAGGAGUGCAGGCAGCGAGGAUACAUCGAGACCCUCACUAGACGUAGACGAUACUUGCCUGAUAUAAAUAGCCAUUCCGGAACUAAGAGAAGUGCUGCAGAGCGUCAAGCUGUAAACACCACAAUUCAAGGAUCAGCGGCGGACAUAGCUAAAGCCGCGAUGUGUUCCAUAGACACCAAAACGGACUCGCUCGAUCCUAAACCUCGUUUGAUACUGCAGAUGCACGAUGAACUAAUAUAUGAAGUACACGAGACCCAUCAACAGUACUUCGUAGGCAUUAUGAAACAAGUCAUGGAGGAAACAGUCACUCUGAGAGUGCCCCUACCCGUCAAAGUGAAGACUGGACUCACUUGGGGCUCCUUGAAAGAAAUCAAGUUUAACGAAUCAUGAAAUAACUAUUUAUUAUUUAUUAUCUAUUUAGUCUAGAUUCUGUGAUAUUUUGUCUUUGUAGUCGUAAAGUAAUGUAAUCUGUUUUUAUAGCCAAUAAACUAUAGAAUGUC